CCUCAUUCCCACAAUUCUAUAUAUCAUGAAUUCGGGACUACACACAAGUCUGUCUGUCGCUUAUUCAGCAUUUGCUCUAGGUCCGAAUUUUCUGCAAUUUCCGAUGCUUCGCAAUUUUAACUCUUGGAGCAACGAUGAUGACGGGGAUGAUAUGGAUAAUGACGGAUAUGAUAUAGUCGAUCUUCUCGACUCUGAUGACGAUGAUGAGGAGGACAAUGAUGGUGAUGGCGAUGGCGAUGGUAACGGUGAUGACGAUAUCGAUAUGGAGCUCUUAUCCGAUGCCGGUCUCGAUGUCGCCUUCGACGACGGCAGCAGUGAUGAUUGAGUAUAGCCACCCACCAUCCUGCUCCUCCUCCCAUUGUCUCGUCUCGUCCCGUGUCGUGUCGUAAAGUUUCUUCGUUUCUUUCCCCAAUCUCGUCGCAGCGUGCACGAAACGAACAGGAAUUCACAUCCAAAUCUUCAAUAGUCAUAAUCUAGUUUGUAGACUGUUAAAUUUAAAAGAAUGUUGUGUUUGAAAAUUGUACAAAGCAUAAGAAAAAGAACGUUAAAGAAGCUCUCAACUGUAAUCGUAAAUCUGCUUCACAAAACCAUCUGUGAGAAACCAAUCUGUAAAUUGUAAGCAACCGAAUAUUGUUAAACAAUUUCAACUGUACAAAGCUAUAAAAGAUGUAUAAUUUUUCUAUUAAACACAUGUGUAAUCUGGUUAGCAUUAA